AACGCUGGCUAGGAAACUUUCCAACGUUCUUCGCUCCGGCAUAUAUGCUAGACAAUCGCACAUUAUGUAUUCUAGCGUUACAGGCACCUGGCAUUGUUCACAAUCAGGGCCGUUCGACUGUACAAACUUCAAACUUUAAAAUAAUAUAGCCUGAAAAUCGAUUGCAACGAUUAGUAUUUAAUUCAAUAUCGUUUUUAAAGUACAAAAUUAUAUUUCACUAUUCUUCCCUUUUUACCUAUACUGCCGUCCGAUUCAUGUCCUCCGUGGGCCGAGGCCCCGUAGUGGGUUGAGCCAUAUCCGUAGCCACCAAACCAAGCCAAGCUGCGCGUGGGGCGCGAUUGCGCGCAGCAGCCCCGCAGCGGCUUCUCUUGGCUUAGCACGCGGGCAACGUUGCAAGGUCGAGCGCGGGGCUCUAAUCACGGCCGCCGAGCCAAGAGACACAUAUAUGUUGUGCUCGGUCGCCGACUCUGAGGCCAAGCUGCUGCCAUCGGGCAUGAACGAGGACUCGCACAGCCCCAGCUGCUCCUACCCCGGCGGCAGCAGACGCGCACCACCGCGGUCGGUGUUGCGCCAGCGGCCGCUCGGCAACUUCCUGCAGCGUCGGGCACCCGCCGCCAGAGACGCGUUCCCGGAGACCGAGAUCAUGUUCCCGCUGCUGCCCGACAGUCGGAUGGACGCCUGGAGCGGCGGCUACCCGCUGGACAGCCCUCCGGACUCCCUGCGGCGCCGCUCGGCCAACGGCCGGACGCAAGGUCCGAGCUCGGCGCGGACGGGCAGCUCGGCAGCGCGCAACCGGACGUCCCACGACGGCGGUUCGCGCCAGGGCAGUCAACGGCGGCACGCCGCGCGCGACGCUGGAGCCAGGAGGAGCGUGUCCAGCGGUUUCUUCAAGAGGAUCUUCCGGGGAACGCCGCGGAAGUACUCGCGGCUUGUCGGCUCUGCAACGCCGCAGUUGCCGCCCGAGCCGAAGGACACCCCUCCAGAGCUGAGCUUCAGCGAAGUGAUGAUGCGCUACCACCAGCAGUCCCCGGACUCCGGCAACUCGUUCGGCUCGGCCACCAAGAAGUCGGCGUCGGAGCGAAAGACGAUGCCGGAAGUGGUUCCCGCAGCGCCUCCACCGGCGCAAAGGAAGAAGCGGUUCACAGCGCACGAACGAAAGAUGGUGUACGUGAAGAUCCUGCAGGACGCUCUCAGCAACCAAGACGCGUGCCCCAACAGCGCGCUCAUGGUGACGCCCGACGUGGAGAGCGGCUGGUUCCUGGUCUCCUUCCACGUCUGGGUGCGACACGACCACCAGCCGCUCAAGGACGCCGUGGCCGCCAAGCGCUUCCCCAAGUCUGGCGCCACCUACUUCGUGCAUGGCGGCACCGGCACGCUCUGACGUCGACCUUUCGGAACACCCGAUAAACGAGACUCCAGGAUCUGCAUAGUAGACAGGACAGCUUUGCAGACGCGGAAUCGCUGUGACCGCGCACUGUGUGAGCAUAUGAAGGGGAAAGACAUUACAGCGUCAACUAAGGCAUUAAAAAAAAGAAAAAAGGAAAAGAAAUAAAUAAACCCACAAGCACGUGCACGCGCUACUAGCAUUGUGGUAGAACAUAGUGUUUACUUGGUUAACUUGUCGGACAAAUCUAAGACCCGCCGUCGUUGCUUAGCGGCUGUGGUAUUGCUCUGCUAUGCACGAGGUCAUGGAUUUCGAUGAGCGUGAAA